AUGUUUAUCAUCAAGGCAACAAGUUUUUAUGAUUCUCGAUUUCUGCGCUUGUUGAGAUUCUAUAUACUCCUGACGGGAAUACCAGUGGCUGUGCUCUUAACAUAUAUCAAUGUCUUUAUUGGUGAAGCUGAACUUGCAGAGAUUCCUGAAGGUUAUGUUCCAGAGCACUGGGAAUACUACAAACACCCCAUAAGCCGCUGGAUAGCUCGGUACAUACUUGACCCCCCUGAGAAAAACUAUGAGAAGGACAUGGCCCUGCUUGAUGUGGAAGCAAGGAAAACUGAACUGAGGAUUCUGGAGUUGGAGGCACGCAGACUGAUGAGACACCGGGGAGAUGGACCUUGGUACCAUUAUGAAACGCCUGACAAAAAUCUUGUUGACAAUUCUAAUAAAUCCACACCUGACAAUUAA